CAGCUCAGUCGACGCCCUGAGCCCCGACGACGGUCACAACCGCGCGUGGUGCCCCGCACCGCGUGGUGGCGGCGGCGGUGGCGCUGGCGGCGCUGGCGGCGGGCGCGGCGCGCGCGCAGCAGGUGACGCGCGAGUGGUGCGAGCGCGUGUGCCAGUGCAGCGCCUUCGACCCCGCGCGCCGCCGCCUGCCCCAGGGCUACGUGACGGCGCCGGGCGUCGGCAGCUACAAGGUGUACACGGACCCGCUGCCCUGGAAGCAGGCCAACGAGACGUGCGCGCGCGACGGCGGCUUCCUCGCCGUCCCCGACGACCAGAUAGAACUAGAUCUGAUAAUGGGGUUGCGAUAUGGCAUCAAAGAUCUUCACAUCGGCUUCACCAAUAUCUUCGUUGGAAACCAAUUCGAAACAGCAAUAGGGAUACCCGAAAACCGGUGCCAACAGAAACGCUGUGUUGCUGUACCAGAACGGCCAGAUCUGGGACUACAGGAACGACGUCAAGUAUCCAUUCAUGUGCGAAUUAGCCCAAAAUUAAGGGUAUUAGUUAACGUGCAGAACAUUUCGUAA